GCACAAUAUCAUGUUCCAGAGGUUCACCAGCAUCUUGUUUGGAGACUCCCUGGAAGAGGACAGUGAAUGUCCUGUGGAUCCAGACUUCAACGAGAAGGAGGAAGAUGAUGAGUGGAUUCUGGUAGAUUAUCUAGCAAAAGCCUGCUCCGGUGCAUGUGGAGAUGAUCUGGUGGAGGUGUGCUCUGACGAUGUCGCUCCCCUGGACUCUCCCGUGCGCUGCUCCUCCUGCUCCUCUCUGGAUUCGGUGGCAGACACUGAUGCAGAGGACGGCAACUUCUUGAGUCUAGAGGCGACAUGUGGGCUGGAAGAGAGCUGGUUCAUCACCCCUCCGCCGUGUUUCAUGGCUGGAGGCAGAGCUCCGGUCCUGCUGGAGACCAGUCCUCUGGAGAACCUUCUGAUCGAGCAUCCCAGCAUGUCUGUGUACGCUGUUCACAGCCCUCGUCAACGACCUGCCAAGGACAGCACCCGUGAGCCAUCGAUUUUAAGAUCUGAGGUUCAGCGCCGGCCCAGUCACCCUUCUGGGUGCUACACAGCUGCUCUGGUUGCUGCUCACGCUGGGUUUCUGGAGCAGACCAAGAACGGCUGCUUGGCCCAGCGCAUCCGUGAAAACAUGGAGCGCCAGCAGCUAUCCCGCAACGCCCUCCGCCGCCUCAACCUGCUGCGUGAUGGUGGAGCCAGACAGGCCAAAGCCACUGGAGGCUACGUUCACCAGCCGGGCCAGAGGCAGUACAACUACUGAGACCGUCCCCACUGCACUCCCCCGUCCUCCCCUGCAUGACACCCCUUCCACACUGGGAGAAUUAGUUUUCGCCAGAAGGAACGGAGUCCUUUAGAAUCAAUGCCAUAGGUCACUUUACUUCACGGCAGGUUCCGCUUGACCUGAAUGUGUCUGCAUCUUGUUUCCUUUAUAAGCUCCAUCUGGUUCUGUCUUAUGUUAUAUGUGAUGAAGGUUGAAUAACCAAGUGUCUUGUUAUAGUGAGCACGAUGUUGUAGUGCUCUGUUGGAGCAUGUGUAGGCAGCUUGGCACUUUCAGUGCCUUUAACUUGUCUUUGCAUUUUAUUUAAUUUUUUUUAAGCCAUACUAAGUUCAGUCACAUCAGUGAUGAAAUCAUCAGCAGCACUUUUCUGGUUAGGAAGGAACCUGCCUGUGAUUCUGUAGAUCAGUGCUUUCUUCCUCUUUAUUUUUAUUUUUUUCCUCUUUUAAAAAAAUUGUAAAUAUACUGGGUUUAUUAUCACUAAAAGCCUUGUUUCCACAGUAGAUUUAAAAACAUGUAAAAUAUAUUUAAAAAAAACUUCCAAAAUAUUUUCAAAAGAAAAAAAUAUCGAAUAUAUUACAUAUCAGUAUGAAGUUGAUAAGAGUGUAUGUUAUCUGCAUAGAUGUGUAUGUAAGCAGUUUUUCCUAUUUGUAGUGACUGAUUUGAUGUAUGAAUGUGUAGUGGUAAUUUUCCAACAGGUUAAAAACAAACAAAAAAGACAUCAAGUGUUGUAAUGCUAAUUUUCAUGUUUGCUCUAUAUCUGCAGUACAUGUCUCAGGGUCAUCACUGUUCACCUUUGCUCUUUGCUAAAAAUGCAGAUUACUUGCAGACAAUUAAUUGUCUGUGUACAUAUUGGAGAACCUCUAACUUGUGUAUGUUACCUUGUGGAAAUAUUUGUGAUUGAUGUAAAUCUUUAACAUAAUGCGUGUCUCACACUUUGAAUGAAAGCUUGCUCCUCCAAGGACUGUGAAAACAAACUCUUUCUCUUAACUGACUGUUAAAGCCUUUGACAAUGGUGUGAAACUGUUAGCAUUUUUUUUGUUCAAUGUAGUGACUUCUUGUGUUAUAUGCCUUUUUCAUGUUUUAUUUGAUUAGUUACACAUUGUAUUUGCUAAACAAAAUAUUUAAAGUAGCAACGAACUUAAAAUUCUACGUAGGUUAUGUUUGUUACUCUUUAUUCCUUCAUCUCGUGUGACCUGGUGUUGUAAAUUUCCGGUGACACUGCCAAGGUAAAUGUCUCCCCUUAAUGAAUGAAACUGAAUUCAGUUACUCUUGACAUUCAGUUGAAUGCAUAUUACAUGCAUAUUACAUGCAUGAGCAACUCAAGGAAAACACCUACAGCUUUUCUUCUUUCGCUUGCUGCAGUCUGUGUUGAGCAGUAUAUUGUAUUUUCUGACAUUUUUCUCUGUGGACGAAGGGAAUGGAAGGGACGUAAGGUUCUCUUCAUAUUCCUUGAGUAAUAGUGGAGAGGCCCUCUUUCACUGUUUUAGUAGAUGCCUGGUAUUGGGUAUUCAUAACAGGGAUUUCAUUUAGCCUUGAAUUGCAUUUGGGGAUCAUGUGCCUUCCAGGUGAACAGUAUGACAAUGCAUCCGUAAAGAACUUGAAAUUUGUCCAAAGGGACACAAACAAAUGUAAUUUUACUAUGCACAGAGGAUUACCUUGUCUCUGUGAGCCACUUGCUCUGUCAACUUUUACACAAAAUGUAGCAAAUGUUUUCUAUGUUUAAUGUGUGAAGAAAAUUCUUUAUGGCAUUGCUAAGUUUUAGACUAUGCUUUGGUUGAAUUUUUUUUUUUUUUUUUAGUUUACUGGAAUAAUACAGCACUUUGCCAAAAGUGUAGGGUUUUAGCAUUAUUUAGCAUUGUUUAUUUAUCUUUUUCUUGAACUGAUGUGUUUUGAAUAAAUGUCAUACACAGACUGUUUUAUAUGAG